CGUGGAUGCGGACAGAGGGUCGCACAUAUGCUCUCACAGCGCAGGAUCUCUGAGGAUUAUAGCCGCUGCAAAGGACCCUUACUGCGCCUUUUGGAGCGACCAAUUCACUGUGGAUAUACUUACACGAAAGGAAUAUAAAGAGGGGAUUACUCAAAGUUAAACAAAAACAAAAACUCUGGACAAGCGAGUGGACAAACUGGAGACGAUGGGACCCGAGGAGGCUUGAUGCCACCAAAAGGUGGACUGUGCCGCCCUCUACCGACCGUCCUCAUGUUCACUUGGGGCGCAGCAGCGAGACGAGGGGAGUCUGUAAUCCAGAUCCCGUCCAACAUCCCGUGGACCUUCAACUCUGGGGAAUCAGCAGUCUUGUUAUCGUGACCCUCAUUUUACUAAAAAACGAUGAGCGUAAUCCUUGUGAUAAAUCUCGGAUCGGCGCCGUUUCAGCCCCGAGGGGGGAUGCGGGGGACCACAAGCCGUUAGAGCUGCUGUUAAACUCUCCAGGUCCCUCCGCAAAUCUUCACGGGACCAUUGUGAGUCUCCGGAGUCGGUGUGACUGCACAUGUGCUGGGACUGACAGGACAUUGAGAACGUCAAUAAGCCGUUGAUUUAUUGCUUAAAUGGCCAGAACAUCCAUAGUCAUGGAUGGGGUGAAGACGAAUCUGGUCUUUGGGGGUAUCUUGGUGGUGCUGGUCUCAGUUACCUGCGGACUGUCGCCACCGACCAUCGUGUCCAAUGAAGAGGAGUUCAUCCUGCAGCCCGACUCCGUGUUCAACAUAAGCUGCACCGGCAAAAGAAACGUGGUUUGGGUGGAACCGCUGCCGGAAAACACCUUCGUCUACCCGGGAUUCUACACGGCGACGCUCUUCAUUUACAACGCAACGGUGGAAAACACCGGCUACUACACGUGUGUCUACGAAACCCAGGAAGGUGAAGCGGAGGGCGAGCCGGAAGAAGAGAAUGAGGCGGGAAUAUACGUCUUCGUGCCAGAUCCCCAUGCCCCAUUUGUUCCCGAAAACCCUGGUAACUUGGUAGUCCCCAUGGACUCGACCGGAGUCCCCAUCUCCUGCCGUGUGUCUGACCCUUACUCAGUCGUCAUCCUGAGGAGCGUCCCCAGCGGAGAUGAGAUGCCUGCCUACUACGACAACAAGAUGGGCUUCUUCGGGAACCUCUCUCCUGGGCAGUACCAGUGUGAAACCACUGCGAAUGGCCAUGCAGUCAGAAGUGUUAUUUACACUGUUAAAAUUGAGGCCCCUGCGGAUGUGGAGGAUUUUAAUGUGGAAGUAAAAGCCAGUGAGGAAAAUGUGAGAGCUGGUCAACCUUUCAACGUCACCUGUGUCACUCCCAGUGGGCUUGGCUUUCAGCAGCAGUGGCUCCAUCCUAAAAAACAGGCUGUGGGCGCAGUUCAGAUGAAACAGACUUUUCCUGACUGGGUCAUCUACACCCUCAGCAUCCCCCAAGCCACCUCUCAGGACAAUGGCAUCUACGAGUGCUCCAUCACUCACGAAAUCAGCAGGGAGGUCAGAGUCGGCAGUGUGGCUGUCACUGUCUUCGAUGAGAAUUCCUUUGUGGCACUGGACCACAGUGGGAUUCUAGCGAUGGAGUUUGUCAGCCUUUUGGAGGAGACAGAGUUUAGUAUUCUCAUUGAUGCCUACCCAGCCCCCAAAGUGACAUGGCUGAAAGAUGGCAAAGCCAUACCACGGAACUACUAUGUCCUCACCAAAACAAGCCACCUUGAAGGGAAUCGGUAUGAAAGCAUUCUGAUAUUACGGCAGCCUCUGGAGAAAGACAAUGGGAAUUAUACCAUUACAGCCCUUAGCGGCUCUCACACUGCUCAGUUCUCCUUUACCCUCAAAGUGAAAGCCCCCAACGCAGUGAUGUUCCCACCAUCCUCAGCCCCUGUGCUGCUGCCACAGAUAGAUGAGAUGGCAGUGCCCCUCCACACUCCUUUCACCUUGACCUGCCGCGGUGAGGCAAAACUGGCCUGGGAGACACCGCUCGAUGCGCUUGAGCAAACGCAGGAGGACAACAGCGGCCUGUUUGUCACCACCAUCACUGUGGAUAGUGCCACUGCAAUGCACACUGGCUACUACACAUGCUUCUACAGCAGAAAUACCACUGAGGAGAUAGAGAAGAGCAGCAUCUACAUCUAUGUGCCAGAUCCAGAUGUUCCCUUUGUGCCAUCACCGGUGCCUUUUGGUAACCAUGUCCUGUCCGUCCACGAGGAGAUGGAGAUCCAGUGUCGAGUGUCUGACCCCACUGCUAACGUGACCCUGAUUAACGUUGACACCCAGCAGCCUGUGCCUAGUGUUUAUGACAGCAAGAGGGGCGCUUUGGGAGUGUUCACUGCUGGGACCUAUGUUUGUAAGGCCUUCAUAAACGGAGAAGAACACUACAGUGGGGAAUACAUCGUCCACGGCUGGGCAGGUGGUGCUGCGCUACAUGUUGAGCUGACGGCCAAGCGGACUGCUCUGCUGGUGGGAGAAACCAUCACGGUCACCUGUCUGGCUCGGGGAUCUGAGAUUCUGGAAGACCACUGGAAAUACCCUGGCAAACUGGCUAAUCAUGCUAUCAAAACAGUACAUGAGAAUAAAAGGGACCAGGAGAUCCUUUACACCCUGACGAUCCCGCAGGCUUCAACCAAAGACAGCGGCAUCUACUCUUGCUCCAUCACUGAUAUUAUUAGUAAUGAGAGCCAGACAAAGGAACUAGCUAUUACAGUUUUUGCAAGUGAGUUUAUGUCCAUCCAGCCACAGUUCAGAGAAUAUGAGUCAGCAGACCUGGAUGAAGUCCGGGAGUUUAGGGCCGAAAUCAAGUCCUUCCCAAUUGCUCGCAUCACAUGGCUCAAAGAUGGAAUACCGCUUAGCGAUGUGACAGCGGAGAUCUCCACCAGCCUCCGGCAGCUCAGUGAGACCAGCUACAUGAGUGUUCUCACCCUGAUCCGGGCCAAAGAGGGGGACAGCGGGAACUACACCAUCCGAGUGGAGAAUGGAAAUCAAAGUCAGGAAGUUGGCUUAAUCCUGGAGGUCAAAGUGCCUGCGGUCAUUGUGGAGCUGAUGGACAUCCACCAUGGCUCAGCCACAGGCCAGUCUGUGGUGUGCAUUACUAGAGGGCAGCCCACUCCUGUGGUGGAGUGGUUCAUCUGCAAGAACAUCAAACAUUGUGCCAAUGACUCGUCAUCCUGGGCCCCCCUCCCCACCAACUCCACACAGAUCACAGUGGACUCCCACAUCGACGAGGACAAUAACCUGGAGAGCCAGGUCAUGUUUGGUCAACUGGAAAACACUUUGGCGGUCCGCUGCAUGGCCAGGAACGAAAUGGCUGCCGUCAGUAGGGAGAUCAAACUGGUGUCCAAUGGCCCUCACCCUGAGCUGACUGUAGCUGCUGCUGUGCUGGUGCUCCUGGUCAUUGUCAUCAUCUCACUCAUUGUCUUGGUUGUUAUCUGGAAACAGAAACCACGAUACGAGAUCCGCUGGAGGGUCAUAGAGUCUGUGAGUCCAGAUGGCCAUGAGUACAUCUAUGUGGAUCCCAUGCAGCUUCCCUAUGACUCCAGAUGGGAGUUCCCCCGUGACAGACUUGUGCUCGGUCGUAUCCUGGGUUCUGGAGCCUUUGGGAAGGUAGUAGAGGGCACCGCCUAUGGACUCAGCCGCUCCCAACCUGUCAUGAAGGUGGCAGUUAAGAUGCUGAAACCCACAGCACGCUCCAGCGAGAAACAAGCCCUGAUGUCUGAACUGAAGAUUAUGACUCAUCUUGGACCUCAUCUUAACAUUGUUAACCUCCUGGGAGCAUGCACCAAGUCAGGCCCUAUCUACAUUAUCACAGAGUACUGCUUCUACGGGGACCUGGUCAACUACCUGCACAAGAACAGGGAGAACUUCCUGAGCCUCAACCCAGAGAAAAAUAAAAAAGAGCUGGAUAUCUUUGGAAUUAACCCUGCAGACGAGAGCAGCAGGAGCUAUGUGAUCCUGUCCUUUGAGAGCAAAGGCGACUACAUGGAUAUGAAGCAGGCUGACAACACUCAGUACGUGCCCAUGCUGGAGAUGAGCAAUGCCUCCAAGUACUCAGACAUCCAGAGGUCCAACUACGACCACCCACCCUCGCCGAAAGGCUCAAGUGAGGGCGAGAUGGACAACCUGCUGUCGGAUGACAUGAACGAGGGCCUCACCACCACCGACCUGCUCAGCUUUACCUACCAGGUGGCCAAAGGCAUGGAGUUCCUGGCUUCCAAAAAUUGUGUGCAUCGGGACCUCGCAGCCAGGAAUGUCCUCCUCUCUCAGGGCAAGAUAGUGAAGAUCUGUGACUUUGGGCUGGCCAGAGACAUCAUGCAUGACAACAAUUAUGUCUCCAAAGGGAGCACUUUUCUGCCAGUGAAGUGGAUGGCACCAGAGAGUAUUUUUGACAACCUGUACACCACUCUCAGUGAUGUUUGGUCCUAUGGCAUCCUCCUCUGGGAGAUAUUCUCCUUAGGUGGCACACCAUACCCAGGGAUGGUCGUGGACUCAAGCUUCUACAACAAGAUCAAGAGUGGAUACAGGAUGUCCAAACCCGAACAUGCACCUCAUGACGUGUAUGAGAUGAUGAUGAAGUGCUGGAACAGUGAGCCGGAGAAGAGGCCUUCUUUCCUGGGUCUGAGUGAGAAUGUAGCUUCUUUGCUGCCCUCCAGCUACAAGAGGCAUUAUGAGAAGGUAAACCACGAGUUCCUGAAGAGUGACCACCCCGCCGUGACUCGUGUGUGCAUGGAAAACGAUGAUGCCUACAUCGGCAUCACCUACAAGAACCAGGGCAAGCUGAAGGACAGGGAAAGCGGCUUCGACGAGCAGCGGCUGAGCUCCGACAGCGGUUACAUUAUUCCCCUCCCUGACCUGGACCCUACAUCUGAUGAUGAUUAUGGAAAGAGGAACAGACACAGCUCUCAGACAUCUGAGGAGAGCGCCAUCGAGACAGGUUCUAGCAGCUCCACUUACGCUAAGCGCGAGGGUGAGACCCUGGAGGACAUCACGUUGCUGGAUGAGAUGUGUCUGGACUGUAGUGACCUGGUAGAGGACAGCUUUCUGUGACAACUGCCCAGCCUGUAGAGCGGGGGCAGCAAGGAAAAGGGGUGUAAGGACAAGAGGAACUUGAGAAAGAUUUCUACAUCAUCCAAAGACUCUGCUGUCUACCCUCUAACCCCGCCACUCCUCCUCCGUGAUCGCCCUUUCAGAGGACAGAACAAAACCACUUCACUGUCUGGAUGGGUCUGUGGUGAUAGUAUGGUACGCCCUUUACUUCUCCCUGGACAGUGCCCCCUGCCGGGCUGGAGGAGUGAGUGAGCAUUGACAAAAUCAUGACAUUGAGCACUCAAAAGAACCGCAGCCAGAACCCAAGUCUGUGAGCUGAAAGUAUCUAGAUAAAAAAAGAUGGUCUUUUUAAUUUGCAGGGCUUUAUUCUAUCGGGCAUUCUUUUAACAGCAAUAUAAGCAAGAAGGGACAAAUCAAACACGUUGGUCAGAAACUCUAAAUGAACAAACACCACAGGAUCUCAUUCAUAUGAUAUAUAUUUAACCACUACAGAUGCACUAUUUAAACUAGAUGAGUCCAAUACUAGCAACAGCAUUGGCAGGUAAACUCACCCCACACUCACCUGCAGCAAGAGAAGCACCUGAUGCUGGCACAAUCAGUAGCAGUACGUGGAUUUAAAAGCACAAAAUCUGGACUAUGUGCAUUUUUUUUUGUAUAUGACCAUAUAAUGUUUUCAGUGGUUAAAUACUUGCAGUAAUUCAAAUUUAUUUUUUUACUUCAUCAAUGUAAACAAAUGUAUUAUUUGUGAAUACCGAGUAGAUAUUGACCAUAGCUGUUUGAAUUGUUAUGACAAUAGAGCUUCUGAGUCGCAUGUGUCUUUGCAGUGUAUCACCUUUUGCCCUGAUCCAACGUAAUAUUCUCAAAUUUCAUCCCUGCCAAGAUCUCAGUCAUAUUUGUGAUAUGGGCGUAGAUAAACAAAGUGAAGUAUGAUUGUAUUGUAAAUAGCUCCAGAGUUGUUUUAUAAGAGAGAAUUAUUGGGAUUACACUCAAGUUUUUUAUAUAAGCACGUUAAGCUUCUGCACCCUUAUCCACCUCGGUGAGGCCAAUGCUUUUAACGGGUACGUUACAGCCAAGGAAAUAUAACACAGUUUGCUCAUUGAAGACAUUCGCCAUUAUAGUGGACAGCAUAGAUUCUUUGACAAUAUUUGUGGAUUAGAAAAUUGCAUGAGAAAUAUUUCGUUUCCAGCCAUGCCAUACAUUAUGUGUGUGAUGCAUGGCAUGGGAAGUAUUAGUCAGUUUAGCCAUCACAAAUAUAGGAAAAAAUAAAAAGGGAUAAAAAAAAAAAAAACUAAUUUCAUCAUGUCAGUAUACAUGAUAGGAAGCCCAAAAAAUAAUUAGAUCCAAUAGCCGUGCUUUACUAGCAAGUUAUGUCCUCUAGUCUCAUAUUUUAUCUAUUGUCCUGAAGUCUAUUAGCAGGUUCUAGUUAUACUAAGACACUAGAUGAACUAGAGAUUUGUGUUGAUCUGAUGUCAUACAUCAGUUAUGUGUAGACUCUUUGUAAUCCUCCGUAUUUUCCAGCUACUGUUACAGCUAUGCCACUGCCUCUGUCUUUUGACUGUGAUAUAAACUGCAAUCAGAUGUUGCACUUUCCUGUUUUUUUUCAUUUUGUUUUUGAUAUUGCAGACGAGUUAGCCGGGCCGAAAAAAAAAAAAAAAAGGAGAAAAGUCUUACUUUGGCUUUAUACGUUUAAAGCAGCGUGGAUGUGAAUGUUUGUGCCGCAGAUGAGUGACAUUUUGUUGACGGUACAGAAUCUGUAAUUAUAGGUAAUCACACCCAAUAUGAUGAUUUAAUACUAUGUUUCAUUAUUUUACAUCAUGUACAUUCA